AUGACGAUUUUAGAACGUUUUAUGAUCUACACAUCUGACGUAGAAGGAGUGAGAUUUAAGAAAAUGAUUAAAACAUUGGAUUUGCGCUACGAGUUUUGCAGCCGCAACCGCACAUCAGAGCCGUACUUGAGCUUAACCAUCCACUACAUGAGCAACUGGGAGCUACAUAGUGCAACACUGCAAACAACCUACUUUCCAGAAGACCACACAGGAGAGCACAUCGCAGCGGGUCUGAGAGAGGCUCUUGAAACGUGGGGCCUUAAAGAGGAAAACAUGACCUGCAUGACAACAGACAGUGGAUCUAACAUGGUGAAGGCCCUGGACCUGAAUGGCUGGACACGACUGCCAUGCUUUGGCCACAGAUUACAUCUUGCAAUAGAAAAUGGUUCCAGAGAUCCCCCGAUUGAAAGAGCAACCUCAGUUUGCAAGAAAGUGGUCAGCACGUUUUCCCUUAGUUGGAAAAAGAAACGAGCUCUCACGAAUGCCCAAGCAAGCAUGAAUCUACCCCAGCAGAAGCUGAAAACAGAAUCACCAACUCGAUGGGGUUCCAGAUUAGCAAUGAUUGAGAGAAUACUUCAGCAGGAGAAGGCCAUCUCUCAUGUCCUCAAGUCCGACAAGAAAACAAAACAUGUGGCUCCCACCUGGCAAGACCUUGAUGUCGUGGACUCUAUUAAGAAAGCCCUAGGACCACUCCGAGACUUCACUGAUGCACUUUCUGGGGAGGAUUACGUCAGUGCCUCCUAUGUGAAGCCUGUCCUGUAUCUGCUACAUAACAAUCUUCUGAAACCAGAGGACGAUGACACAGAGCUGACAGCACAGAUAAAAACAUCCAUAGUCAACUACCUCACAGAAAAGUACCAGGAUCCUGUCACUGAUGCUCUGUUAGACAUGGCAUCUCUUGUCGAUCACAGAUUUAAAACCCAGUACAUACACACCACAAAGAAAGAGCAGAGGCUGAGCAGAGCUGUGGCUGAGCUGGAGUCUCUGCUGACUCCUGAAUCAGAGCACCCGGUGCCCUCUACCUCCUCUACAUCACAAAGCCAAAGCCCUGAAGCACAGCCAGCAAAGAAAGCAAGAAAGUCUUUGGCCUGCUUUUUCAAAACUGCAGCAGUUCCCUCAACAUCCACUGAAGAACCCACACUGAGAGAACUGAUUGAAAAGGAACUGCAGGCCUACUUGUCCACACCCAAUGUGGAUAGUGAAAUGAAUCCACUUGAAUGGUGGAAGGCCCAUGAGGUCUUUUUUCCAAAAGUGAGUCAGCUUGCUCAGAAGUAUCUUUGCAUCCCUGCAACAAGUUCUCCCUCUGAGCGAGUGUUUAGCACUGGUGGCAAUAUUGUCACAUGCCAAAGGGCAGCCCUUAAACCAGACAAGGUGGACAAACUCAUCUUCCUGGCUAAAAACCUGUGA